CGGCGGAGGCGGUGCGGGCGCCAUGCUGGCGGCAGGGCCGGCCCGGGGCUGCUUGGCCCGUGUGGCGGCGGCCCUGAGCGGUCCGCGGCCCCGCGGAGGAGCCCGGCUCCUGGGGGGCGCCGCCGCGCCUCCUCCUCCGCCGCCGGCUCCUCCUCCGCCGCCGGCUCCGCGGCGGGCCCCGGGGCUGCGGACGCGGCUGCUGGCGGUGGCGCUGCUGGGCUUGGGGCUGGGGGCGGGCUGGCUGGCGGCGCGGGCCGAGAAGCGGCGGCGGCGGGAGGAGGAGCGGCGGCGGGCGCUGCGCCGGGUGGCCGUGGGCCGGGACGACUUCAGCCUGGUGGACCAGAGCGGGCGGCCGCGCGGCAAGCGGGACCUGCGCGGCGGCUGGGUGCUGCUCUACUUCGGCUUCACGCACUGCCCGGACGUGUGCCCCGAGGAGCUGGCCAAGCUGGCGGCCGCCGUGCGCCGGCUGGAGGCCGACCCGAGCCUGCCCCCCGUGCAGCCCGUCUUCGUCACCGUGGACCCCGAGCGCGACGACCCCGCCGCCCUGGGCCGCUACGUGCGGGACUUCCACCCGCGCCUGCUCGGCCUGACGGGGACCCCCGAACAGGUGCGCCGGGUGGCCCGGAGCUACCGCGUCUACUACAGCGCCGGCCCCAAGGACGAGGACCGGGACUACAUCGUCGACCACACGGUGGUCAUCUACCUGCUCGACCCGGACGGGCUCUUCGUCGACUACUACGGCCGCGGCAAAACGGACGAGCAGAUCGCCGACAGCGUCCGGCGCCACAUGGCCGGCUUCCGCAGCGUCCUCGCCUGAGCCCAACGGGGCCGCGGGGCCGGACCCCCGGGACCGCUCCUUCUCGCUAAUUAAACGGGCGACGCGGCCCGGGGUCGGGCCGCGCCGCCGGACCGCCGGUGA